CCUCAAACAAAGUACUAGGAGUAAUAAGACCCAGUCUCGUUAAAAACAUCCACCCCAUUUCUUGGUCAACUCCUUUCAUUCAUGCCAUCCACGUAUGUAAAUCCCACACAUUUUCAGCGCAGUUUUUUUAACAACCAUCACACUCUCUUCUUCUUUAGGCCUCUCCCUUCACAUCGUUAUAGAGAAAUUUCUUCUGCUUUUUUCUUCCACAAGUCAUGGCAGUGCUGAGUUUCCUGGGAGUUUCAGCCCGACCAAUUCUUCGGGCUUCAAGCAAGUGGGUUCGGGCCUACGGGUCAGCUGCUGCAGCUCAGCUUGAUUAUCAUUAUGAUUGUUACGACUAUGAGGAAUCUGCAGGAUCAGUUCCUAGGAGGGGAGUGCAGUGGCUGAUCAUGGGGGACCCAAUGACCCAGAGACAUGUGUACGCCCAAUGGCUAUCCAAACUUCUUGAUGUCCCUCAUAUUUCCAUGGGCUCUCUCGUUCGUCAAGAACUCCACCCUCGCUCUACUCUCUACGACAAGAUUGCGGAUGCUGUGAAUGAUGGAAAGCUUGUUCCAGAAGAACUUAUUUUUGAUCUGUUAUCGAAGAGGCUAGAAGAAGGUUACUGCAGGGGUGAAAGUGGGUUCAUCUUGGAUGGGAUUCCUCGUUCAAAGUUUCAGGCUGAAAUCCUUGACAAAGUUGUGGACAUAGAUUUAGUUCUGAAUCUCAAGUGUUCUGACAGUUACCUGUCAAAGAAUGAUAGAAGCAACGGAAUUUAUUCAGCUGAUUUGGAACUAGAGGGUGGUAAUUUAAGGUCUUCAAGGGUCAUGGAUAGUGCCUGGAGAGAGAAGCAACAUGUUCAUGCUGAACAGAUCAAACCCUUAGAGGAAUACUAUAGGAAGCAGAAAAAGCUCCUCGAUUUUCAAGUAGCAGGAGGACCUUCAGAAACAUGGCAAGGCCUUUUGACUGCAUUGCAUCUUCAGCACAUGAUGAGCGCAGCUGGUUCUACUCAGUUGACUGCAGGAUGCUGAUUUGAUUCUCCUGUGAGUUAUUCUUUUUGCAAGUAUAUUAGGUGAGUGAUAUGAGUGUAACAAAAUCAGUUUUGGCCGGGAAAGUAGAGCUAGCUUUUGUUUCAUUCUUGUUUACGAGUGUAACCAUGUUGUAGCAACGAAUCUUUAGCAGAAAACAGAGUUUGUUAUCUGCUGUUAUCUAUACAUCUUUUGAGUAUGUUUUUUUUUUGUUAACUUUGUAGUAGAAACAGAAGAAUGUAUUACAGAUUCAACUGCGAUAACUCAACAAUGGAAAGAAAAAGGCCUCUCUUU